GACCUAAUUGUUCAGUUUACUGAGUGUGUUUUAACUGCAGUGGCCGACUUAAGUGUGCUUCUUCUUCUACUGACCAUAUACAUGCUUCCUGUUACGAAUUUUCUUCGAUUUUGAAAAAAAUGAAGUUUUCGACCAUUUGUCUCUCCAUCCUCCUGACUGCAACUCUGACAACCUGCGAAUACCCCCGACCGAAGUACCGCGGACCGCCCCCGUUCCCCAAACCGCCCCCCUUCCAGCAAUUCGCCAAGAAAUGGCAACAGCACCCCCCGAGGCCCCCGAUCCGCCCGCGACCCAUCCCACUGCAUAUGCCCAAGCAUCACCAAAUCCAAAUGGGGGCGGCGAGUGUGAACAGACCGGUGGCGGUGCCAGUGAGGAAUUUCUGGAAAAAUACUCAAACGACCUUUAGGACGCCAGUGGAGAAUUACAAUCACCAUCAUAAGCAUUUCAUGACUUCGGCGCCGGUGUUUCCUAAGAAGGUUUUCCAGUCGUCGCCGGCGAUUGCUGUAGCCCAAGAUUAUGAUUUGCAAAUUCAGAGUAAUAAUAUUGCACCGAUUCAAACGAUUAAACAGAUUGGGGAAAAAGGACCCAUACACACUAUUCCAGCACCCAAUUUGAGUCUUGCUGAUAAGCCAAAGGUGGUGGAAGAGGUGAAACAACACGUGCAGAGACAACCGUUAGUGAUAGAAGAGGUGAAACAACAGAGACAACCCGAGGCCACCUCCUACGUCCAAGUCCAAAAAUCCCACUCAUACCAAGUAACCGAAGCCCCCGAACUUGCCAAACCCACCCUCUUUAAAAACUACUAUGAAACCGCCUACCAAAACCCCACCGAACUCUACCAACUCCUCAACGCUUACUCCCAAGGUGGCACAAUCGCAGUUCCCGUCGUCCAAGACCCUCAAGACUACCUCCAAUACUCUUCCCUCUUCUCUCAACAACCCCAAAACUAUGUCGAGCAAGUCGCCCCUGAACACGUCGCGAUGGACAAGAGCAGUUUUGAGGAAACAAGAAAAGAACCCUCCUCACAAGUCACCGCCACCUACAACCUCGAACCUGACGUUUCUGAAUCGAUAAUUCAAUCACAAUACGUCCAAAAUUAUUUCGAUUCUAAGCCUAAAAACAACGUCGAACCUGACGCCAAGCCUAGUGAGAAGAAUAAUUCAAUUCCGGAGGGUUUUUACGUGAGUCUUCCGAAUAAAGAAGCAGCGGAAAAAUUAGCAUCUUUGCAAGCUGCUGGAAAAUUGAACAGUAAUUUGAUGCAGAUUGGGAAAGGUGGGCAAGAGCCUAUUUACGUCCAAGAAGAAAGUCAAGAACGUGAAGAAGCCGAUGAUGAAAGUUACGACGAGUAUCCUCAAGAUGAUUUAGCUCCAGAAGAAGUGAAUCAAAGCGGAGACGAGUCUUUCGGACAUAGACUCCAGCCAAAGACGUAAUAAUUUAUUCUAUUUAUUAUUUAUUUAUUUGUUUCUUAUUGUUGUUUUGCAUAAAUAAAUAUUUUGUUACUUA